AAAGCAUAGCACUGUAAGUUGCACUAUUAGUCGUAGUGUUUUAAUUAUCAACAGUUUUGUGUGGGUAUCAUUUAAAGCAAAUUUGGAUGUAACUUUUUUUUGUGGUCAAAGUUCAAAUUAAACAACGUAAAGAAGUAAAUGUAACAUUCACAACAUAGUUACAGUACACAUAGUUACAUACAAAAGUGUUGGAAAUUAGUUUUUCAUUUGUACUCGUAAGUUAAUGUUCAUGAAAAAAAUGCAUUUAUCAACCUAGUUUUUGAAAAGAAAAAAAUUAAAAGAAUUUUCAACGUAAGGUAUUUAUCCAUGCGCAUAAUGAUUCAAAAAUUACUGACAAUAGAAAUUCUUACGGCUGUGGUGAUCAAUUAUGCAUAUAUUCAGGCUGAUGCAAAUUUCACCCUCACCUAUCCAAAUCCUAGAAGAGAUGAGAACGUAUCUGACAUAUACCCCAAAAAUACCGUGGUUAAAGACCCAUACAGAUGGAUGGAAGCCCUAGAUAGCGAAGAAACGAGGAAACUAAUUGAGGAGGAAAACGCUUUUACAAAAUCUUAUUUGGUCAAGAGUCCGUUUCGUGCUGAAUUGGAAGCUCGUUUCAAGGAAUUGUACAACUAUCCGAGAUACAGCCAGUUUUUCUGGAAAGGCAAACAUUAUUUCUCAUUUCAGAAUACUGGUUUGCAGGAUCAAAACGUGCUUUUCAUACAUGAUUCACCAAACAGUGAAGGUAAAGUGUUUUUUGAUCCGAAUACUCUCAGCCAAGAUGGAACUAUAGCAUUAGAAUCUCAAAAUUCUGCUUUCUCCGAAGACGGACUAAUUUUUGCCUACAUGUUGAGUGCAAAUGGCUCAGACUGGAAAACAGUGCAAUUUAAGCACGUAGAACAAGGCGAUAUUUACAAAGAUAAAUUGGAAAAAGUGAAACUUUCCACAUUAUCAUGGAUGCACAAUAACAAAGGAGUAUUCUAUUCGGCAUACUUGGAUCAAAAAAACAAAUCAGAAGGAUCAAAAACUGACAUUAAUAAAAAUCAUAAAUUAUAUUAUCACGUAAUUGGAACUGAGCAGUCCAAAGAUGUAAUGGUAGCAGAAUUUCCAAACCAUCCAGAUUAUUGGAUCCAAGGUUGGGUCAGCUAUUGUGGCAAGUACCUAGUCGUAUCAGCAAAUACAGGUUCCGAUAAUAAUUUGAUAUACAUUGCUGAUUUGGAAAAGAUCGAUUAUGAAAUAAAGGGUAAAUUAGAACUUACACCAAUCUUCACAGAAACGGGAGCCAAGUAUAACUAUAUCACCAAUGACGGUCGAAACUUCAUUUUCAAAACCAAUAAAGACGCAGAUAACUUUAAAUUGAUUUCACUCGAUAUUGGGAACCCAGAUCCAAAAACAUGGAAAGAUUUGGUACCGGAAAAUAAAACAGAUGUAUUGUUCGGAGCGGUUCCAGCAUUCGAUAAAUAUAUAGUCUUAUGUUAUAUCCAAAAUGUCAAAAAUAUUCUGCAAUUACACGACAUCAAAACCGGCACCUUGAUUAAGAAAUUUGAUUUAGAUAUUGGUACGGUUUAUGGAUCAUCAUUCUUCAAUGAUCGAAAAUCUCCCAUAAUAAUUUUCCGAUUUAAUUCAUUCCUUACGCCUGGUAUUAUUUAUCGUUGCGAUUUAUCGAAACCGCCAUUCGAACUAGAAGUUUUUCGAGAAAACAAGUUGAAAAAUUUUGACCGCCAGAAAUACACCACGGAACAAAUAUUUUACAAAAGCAAAGAUGGUACCGAAGUGCCCAUGUAUCUGACUUAUAAAAAAAGUUUGCAAAAGAACGGAAAUAAUCCUACUCUUCUUUAUGGUUAUGGCGGAUUCUCUGGUGGUAUAUCACCUUUCUUCAGCAUCAAUACGAUUGCAUUUAUAAGUAAUUUCGAGGGUAUAUUUGCCGUAGCUAAUAUCAGAGGCGGAGGGGAAUAUGGUGAAAAAUGGCACAGAGCAGGAAAACUGGACAAGAAACAAAAUUCCUUCGAUGAUUUUCAAGCUGCUGCAGAAUAUUUAAUCGCUGAAAAUUACACGAAAACUCAAUCGCUGAUUAUAUAUGGAGCAUCUAACGGAGGACUCUUAAUGGGAGCUUGUCUUAACCAGAGGCCAGAUUUAUUUGGUGCAAUAAUUUCAGAAGUGGGUGUGUAUGAUAUGCUGAGAUUUGACAAAUUCACUAUCGGUUAUAACUGGAUAACUGAGUACGGCUCGCCCUCAAAUGAGAAGGAUUUCGAAUAUAUAUUCAAAUACUCUCCUUUGCAUAAUGUCAGGAUACCCAAUGAUACUAAUAAGCAAUACCCUGCCACCAUGCUCUUAACUUCAGACCACGAUGAUCGUGUUGUACCUUCACAUUCGUUGAAAUUCAUAUCUACUUUGCGGUAUGAAGCGAAAACCCAUCCUAAUCAGAAAAAUCCUUUCAUAAUCAGAAUUGAAGCUAAUGCUGGACAUGGAGGUGGUGUAUCAAUAGAGAAAGCAAUUGCUCGACUUGUAGAUCAGAAUUGUUUCAUAAUUAUGAAUACUGGAAUCAAAUUUCAUAUUCAAUAGAUAAAUGUCGAAUACCUGGGUUCAAAGAAGAGUUGAUUUUUGUUCUUUUAUCAUUUUUAUACUUGCUUAUUAUUGAAAAUUGAGAUUAUAGGAAAUAUAUAAGUGCAAUAUUU